CAAGUUCAUUCGCAGCGGACAUCGAUCGGGCGCGCUAUCGGCUGAUUCGUAGUGAUCGAGUGAUUUUGCAUUCCGGUGAUGCAUUCUACCAAUUACCGUUUUAUUGGCAAAUGUCCGCGUGAGACGGUUUGUGAUCCUAGUCAAUUGGAUGGAUUUUCCUUUCGGUAGUAGGAACAGUGUUAAUAUUUGUUUUGUGCAAAGUGCAGCAGCACAUCCGUGUAGAUACGCGAAACGUGCUUGUGAUGUGAUUGUUACACGAUUGAUUUGAUUCUCGUAUUGCCUGAAUGCAGAAUAUCUUCCUGUCAAGUCGGUAGUAGCUGCAGAGAAAACUGAUUCAAGGUUGUCAUACAUCAAGGAUAUACUGGGCAUUUGAGUGUGGAAUCAGUAGAAUUCGAAUGAAGAGUAUAUUAUAGCGUCGAUGUAAAUUAAAGAAAAAAUCAUUUUACGAUGCACGGAGGGUUCGAUCCAGACAAGAAUGAUUCCGCUUCCCUGCGAGAAAAGGUCAAGGUUUCAAAAAAUGAAAAAUGGCGAAUCCUGAAAAAUAUCACCACAGUUUCCUUUGCGUUCAUGGUACAGUUCACAGCUUUCCAGGGAACAGCUAAUCUACAAUCGUCAAUCAAUGCCAAAGACGGGUUGGGAACAGUUUCGCUCAGUGUAAUCUAUGCCGCAUUGGUGGUAUCCUGUAUAUUCCUGCCUACACUCGUGAUAAGAAAACUAACCGCCAAAUGGACACUGUGCGCGAGCAUGCUUUGCUACGCUCCAUACAUCGGGGCCCAGUUUUAUCCAACAUUCUACACGCUAGUUCCAGCCGGAGUGUUGGUCGGUCUUGGUGCUGCACCUAUGUGGGCCAGUAAAGCUACCUAUUUGACGCAGUUGGGUCAGGUUUAUGCGAAGCUCACUGAGCAAUCUGUCGAGGCUAUAAUCGUGCGAUUCUUUGGUUUCUUCUUCUUGGCUUGGCAAACAGCUGAGUUAUGGGGAAAUUUGAUUUCAAGCUUAGUUCUAUCUAGUGGAGCUCAUGGAGGCGGAAGCGUGCAUGAUGAUAAUGACACUUUCGUGGAUUCUGCCCUUGAUAAAUGUGGUGCAAACUUUUGUGUGAUUGAAACCUCAAAUAUUGCCAACUUACAGAGACCUCCGGAUUCGGAAAUCUUUGAGAUUUCCGCUAUCUAUCUCUCUUGUAUAAUCGCAGCUGUCGUGAUCAUUGCAUUGUUCAUGGAUCCGCUUUCUCGAUAUGGUGAGAAGCGACGAGGAUCUAUAUCGGCUGUUGAGGUGUCUGGAGUUCAAUUGUUGUCUGCAACAUUUAAACAAUUGAAGAAAGCAAACCAACAACUGUUGAUUUUGAUUACGGUGUUCAUCGGUAUGGAGCAAGCGUUCAUUGGAGCUGAAUUCACUCAGGCCUACGUAUCGUGUGCAUUAGGAAUUCAUCAGAUUGGAUACGUUAUGAUAUGUUUUGGUGUAGUCAACGCCAUCUGUUCGAUAAUUUUCGGAUCUAUCAUGAAGUAUAUUGGUCGGGUGGUUAUUAUAAUACUGGGUGCUCUUGUUCACGGAGGAGUUAUCAUCUAUUGCUUGUUCUGGAAGCCACAUCCCGAUCAUCCACUAGUCUUUUUCGCUAUCGCUGGUUUAUGGGGCGUUGGAGAUGCUGUUUUUCAGACGCAAAUUAAUGGUAUUUACGGAGCACUGUUUCGGCGAAACAAAGAAGCGGCUUUUUCUAACUAUCGACUUUGGGAAUCGUCUGGCUUCGUGAUUGCUUAUGCGUAUUCCACGCAACUUUGUGCGCGUAUGAAGUUGUACAUUUUGUUCGCUGUCUUAGCUCUUGGAAUGUUGGGUUAUGCCAUUGUAGAAAUCCGCCAGGCUGCUAAGGAGCGUCGUUUGAAAAAGCUCGAUGACACUCCAAAACAGCAGCACACAGAAGCAGAGCGGAAAGAGAUUGAAGAUGAUGAUGAAAAGGACGAGUUAGAAGAAGAUAUUGUUGUCACCCACCUGUAAGGUGCUACUCGCAACGUGAUGCCACACAGCGUGGUCGAAUGCUUCUUUUGAAGCAUUGUUGAAUGAUUCCUAUUUAGAUUUUACCUAACAAUUAUUUAAAGCUAAAAAAUAGAUGCAUCGAACAAUAUUUGUGCUAGCGAAAUUGAUCAAAUAGUUGUUAUGUAGUUUAGGCGAGUUAUUCGUUUAUUGUAGGGCAGAAAUACAACAAAUAACAUCUUCGAAAACAGCGCACUCUUUAGUGAAGAUCUUUGGUUUUCAUUUCAUAUCGAACUUGGAAGCUUAAAAACACCAUUGUAGUGAUACUGUGUUGUGCUAAUUAAACAGGGAUAUAUGAACAUCUAAAAUGGUAAAUAGAUCUCAUUCAGGCAAGUUCGAGCUGAAUAAUUUAUAAUAGAGAAUGCAAUUCAAAGAGAAAGUUUAAAUAUAACGCUACAACCACUAGUAAAUCCAGAAUGCCAACGAUGUUAUUAAGACGAAUAUGUGUAAAUAUAGUAGUUCAAAAUUGA